CUAGUAUUGACAUUAGGUUGGAUUAUAUUUCUUUCAUCCUUCAUUCCUGUGAACUUCCUCCUGAAAGGAAAUGAUGAUAUGAGGCGAAAGAUUGAGAGGUGUUUGGUGGAGAUGAUUUGCAGUUUCUUUGUUGCAUCCUGGACCGGGGUUGUCAAUUACCAUGGGCCAAGGCCUUGUAUGCGACCACGACAGGUUUUUGUGGCCAAUCAUACUUCCAUGAUUGAUUUCAUUAUCUUAGAACAGAUGACUGCAUUUGCUGUUAUUAUGCAGAAGCAUCCUGGAUGGGUUGGAUUAUUGCAGAGCACCAUUUUGGAGAGUGUAGGGUGUAUCUGGUUCAAUCGUUCAGAGGCAAAGGAUCGAGAAAUUGUGGCAAGGAAAUUAAGGAAUCAUGUUCAGGGAGCCAACAAUAACCCUCUUCUUAUAUUUCCUGAAGGAACUUGUGUAAAUAAUCACUACACUGUCAUGUUCAAGAAGGGUGCAUUUGAACUUGGCUGCACAGUUUGCCCAGUUGCAAUCAAGUACAAUAAAAUUUUCGUCGAUGCUUUUUGGAAUAGUCGAAAGCAAUCAUUCACUACUCAUCUAUUGCAAUUAAUGACAUCUUGGGCUGUAGUUUGCGAUGUUUGGUACUUGGAGCCACAAAAUCUGAAGCCAGGAGAGACACCCAUUGAAUUUGCAGAAAGGGUGAGAGACAUAAUCUCAAUUCGUGCUGGGCUUAAAAAGGUUCCUUGGGAUGGAUAUCUGAAGUAUUCUCGCCCUAGCCCAAAGCACAGAGAAGGAAAGCAAAAAAGCUUUGCUGAGUCGGGUAAAAAUUCACAACACGAUAACGGUUUCUCAAACUUUACCACUUAA